GUUCGCUAUCACAGAAGUCUGUAGAGAAAAGGAGUGGUGAUUAGGUAUGUCUUUGCCUAAAUAUUACGUGUUUUCUACAGUUCACGGGUACUGUGCAGUUACUGUGCGUUAAAAUGUGACAGAUUAAGUUGUUCCACGUAUACUCUAUCGUUUGCAGUGCUUAAAAUCCACGCUAAAUAGUGUAAUUAACGAUGUAAACGUUGAAAAUGACGUUUACUACGGUGCUGUUGUGAGUGUGUGUGUGAGUGACAGCAUUGCUGAGCCGUUGAAGCGAAACUCAAUGGAAUAGGUACCUAUAUUAGAGUACUGGAUGUGAACAGAUUUUUUGACCAUACCGACCGCCAGAUUAUCGCUCUAAUUACGGCGCCGAUCACACGAAGCCAGCGAAUACUGAAAAAAAUCACAUGCGGCAAGAUGACGCCGAAAAUUUCGCGCCAAAACUCGCAUUUAUCGCGACAACGCCAUCUAUUGAUCCGGAGUGACAUUUUCCUUUCGGAUCGCUUGAAAUAAUCACUUGUGUGCGAACUGUUUAGUGUUUUACUGCUAGGGCCGUGAUGUGAUAUAUUGUUGUUUAGUUUUAUGUGUUUGUGUUGUGCGUAACAUGUCUGAGGAGAGAUCGCGUCGUUUAUCGCAGAUCUUCGACCCGCUGUCGAGGUUUACCGACCACAGUGGGGCGGGUCAGUCUGCUAGUACACCGAACAGCCCGCGAUUGUUGCCGAGGAGAUCCCGGGAUCCACCGCCGCCGCCACCUAGGCCUCUCGCCCAUUCGUCACGUCUGGACCCCCUGGAGUAUGAGUUGGCGACGGCACAAGUGGACUCCGUCAAUUGGCAAGAGCGAUGUCUUGAACUGCAGUUGGAGUUGCACAGGAGCCGACACCAGGCUACCAGAGUACGCGACAUGUUGAGAGAUAAGCUCACGGAGCUGGAGCAGCGAGUCCUCGAAGCAGAGGGGAGGGCAGAGGAAGCGGAAGACAAGGUCCGCGCCAUGGAGCAGCGGCUAUGCGAAUGGCCGGCGGGCACUGACGGUGCACCUAAAGCCAUCACGCGACUCGAGGGCCAAAUUGAAGAACAGAAGCAGCUGAGACUCCAAGACGCGAAGCAAGUAGAGGCAAAAGCGGCCCGAAUCAAAGAGUGGGUGACUAAUAAACUUAAGGAGCUUGAACAGCAGAAUCAGCUGCUUAGAGAACAAAACGAUAGGUGCAACCAACAGUUGGAACUACUGAGGAAUCACAUAGCAGCACAGGGGAGCAGAAAUUCUACGUUUCUGCCCACUCGUGCAAGCCUCUCGCUAGAAGUGAGGACAGACGACAGCUCGUCCCGAGCUACGUCCAGUCUUUUGGCGUCCAACAGACGUCGCUCUGAAAGCCUAGAGGGGCCUAAGCUACCAAUAAACACGUCUGAGCCACACUACAGCACGCCUGUUAGACAUAGACGAAAUCUUUCAAUCGGUACGACCAAUAUUGCGAACAACAUCAAUACAAAUUCAGCUCUUAACACCAUGAAUCGAACUAUGGACGAGAGGACUACAGCCAGUUUAUUGGCUGAUGACCUAGCAACGGCUGUAGAGAAUCUAGUGGUUCUACCCACAACUCCGAACACGUCUACAGAUGGCGAUACAACCCAUGAUUAUGCUGAGAUUUAUACUCCAAGUAGAGAGCGCACCCCGGCAUGGCAAGGGGUGAACGUGGUGGUUCAAGGUAAUAGUCGUGGUGGGUCUUCCACUGGUGAUAGCGCUGCUUCGGAUCCUCCCCGGCCGCCCACCCCACCCCUGCACCGCUUCCCCAGCUGGGAGGCCAAGAUCUAUCAGGUAGCAGACGAUGGACUCCAACAAUCGGUAGAGGAAGAACUAAGCCCGCCGCCGUGCUCCCGUCCGAUGCACGAGUCGACCAGCUACCAGGACAUAUCCGUACCCGUUUACGCUACCGUGAAAGGGCGAGCCAGCCAAAUAAGGUCGAUGCCCUUCACCGGCGACUCGUCGGACGACUCCUCUGAUGGUGAAGAGUCUAUGGGUGUAACGGUCCAUAACACUCCACACCAUCAACUAGUCAACACUGCGUAUAGCGGACAAACAUCACAGAUGCCAAUAAACAACGUGAACCUAACAAGUGUUCUGCCGGCCUCCAUACAACAAACCUCUAGUCACGGUCUAGUACUAACUAACAGCGCCAACGGACAGUGCAGUUCUUCUGACACCAGCCUAAGUGCCAGUAGCCCUUCGAAAAGUGUCAAGACCAGCUCAAGUUUAAGUCCCGCAAAGAGAUCGAGUAGCGGGUCGCCGAGCAAACAAAGUAAAACUAGAGACACGUCAUUCGAGUCGGGCAUGUCGGACGACUACGCGAUCCCGCCGGACGCGGUGUCGUGCGAGAGCGCGGUGGCGGCGCGGCCCGCGGACUCGCCGCGCCGACACGACGCGCUCGAGAAGGCGGGACAUCUCGCCAAGCUCGGCGGGAAACUCAAGACCUGGAGGAAGAGAUGGUUCGUCUUAAAAAACGGUACCCUGUCGUACUGGAAGUCUCAGUCAGAGGUGAAUCGGAAACCUCAAGGGCAGAUAGGCUUAGGAGAAGCCUGUAAGAUAUCGAGGAACGAAGGAGCCGCCACGUUUGAGAUAUUCACCGGAAGUCGCACGUACUAUCUAACGGCGGACAGUAAUGCUACCAUGGAAGACUGGAUAAGAGUUUUACAGAACGUACAAAGGAGGAACGCCACAAAACUCCUGUUAAGCAAAGAAGACAAUAAACCGACGAUCCAGGGCUGGUUGACCAAAGUUAAGAACGGACACGCCAAGAAGAGUUGGUGCGUCCUAAUCGGGAAGAUGUUCUUAUACUUCAGAUCGCCAGGAGACCAGAACCCAACAGGCCAGAUCAAUAUGCGUGAUGCACGCGUCGAGGACGUGGAACACGUCUCGGAUUCAGAUUCAGAGGAGAAAAACGACGACACUAGAAAUCAUCUCACUGUCGCCAUCUACCCGCAGCAACAGGUAACUGGGGGUCCAACGUACUUGUUAUUCGAAAGCAAAGCAGACAAAGACUCGUGGUUGUACCAUCUCACCGUGGUCAGCGGCGGCGGACUCAGCCAGGGAACGCACUUCGAGCAGCUAGUCCAGAAACUAAUGGAAACCGAUGGAGAUCCUAAUUGCGUUUUAUGGAGACAUCCGACGUUGCUUUAUUCAAAGGAGAAUUUGACGUCACCGCUGACCUCGCUCAAUUCAGAAGCACUACAGGCAGAGGCACUGAAACUGUUCAAGUGCGUGCAGCUGUUCAUGUCGGUGUGCGUGGAGCAGGCCGGCAUAGACUACCACGUGGUGCUGGCGCAGAACGCGCUGCAGCAGUGCCUCGAGGUGACGGAGCUGCAGGACGAGCUGUGCGCGGCGCUCGCCCGCCAGACGGCGCCGCACGCGCCCGCCAAGCACGCCGUGCAGGUAACACGACACAAGCGCCUUAACGCCAAGCUUGCACACCAACUGCUACUGUGCGCGACCCAGUCGCUCUUCACUUGCGACACGGGAGCCUCGUCAGUCGCCGGCGACGGCAAGAACGACUUGCCCCCCGACGCUGCCUCCUCGCCUGGCUCUGUACAGGCUCCCCUACUAUCGGUGGAUUGCAAGAGUAAUCCGCCGACGUACAGUUUCGUACAAGGCUGGCAACUUCUCGCUUUAGCCGUUAGCCUCUUCGUGCCGAGAAACAACCGAUUGCUAUGGUACUUGAAAUUGCACCUCAGCAGGCAUUCCGAUACUAAAACGGAGUGCGGAAAGUAUGCGGCGUACUGCUCGCGCGCAUUGGAACGCACCAUACGCAACGGCGGACGCGAAGACAAACCGUCGCGAAUGGAAGUGCUGUCGAUUCUACUGAAGAACCCUUACCAUCACUGUCUGCCGCACGCGAUACCCGUGCACAUGCUCAAUAACACUUAUCAGGUGAUCAGCUUCGAUGGUUCCACCACCGUCGAGGAGUUCCUGCACACGCUGAGCACCGAGCUCGGCUGCCGGGAGUCGGCCGCGUCCGGCUUCGCGCUCUUCAGCGACGACCCCAUAGAGAAGGACUUGGAGCACCACAUCAAACCGGACAAAAAGCUAUGCGACGUGAUAUCAAAGUGGGAAACUGCACUGAGAGAGAAAGGCUCCGGAAAGUUCGAGAACACUCGCGUCAUACGAUUGACGUACAGAAACAGGCUAUACUUCAAGAACUCGGUCAGGACCGAAACGGACAAGGAAAGGCUGCUGCUCUGCUACCAGGUCAAUCAGCAAGUGGUAGGGGGUCGCUUCCCGGUGACCCGCGAGCUGUCGGCGGAGCUGGGCGCGCUGAUGGCGCAGCUGGACCUGGGCGACUACCUGGCGGGCCACGCGCUGCACAACCAGCCGCUCGCGCACCGCUACUACCCCUACCGGUACCGCGCCGCGCUCUCCGCCGACCAGCUCAGAGAUUUAGAAGAGAAACUCCGUUCGAAAUGGAUAGCGCUGAAAGGAAGGAGCACAUCGGAUUGCGUCCGGAUCUACCUCAACUGCACGAGGAAGUGGCCGUUCUUCGGAGCCACGCUGUUCCAAGCUAGAAUAAAGCAGCCGGACUUGUCUAUGGUGUGGCUGGCGGUGUCCGAGGAGGGCGUCACGGUGCUGGAGCUCGCCUCCAUGGCCGUCAUAGGUCGGUACGCGCUCACCUCUAUCGGACUCUUUGGUGGAUUACAGGACGAUCUCAUGAUGUUGAUUGACGGCGAAGACGCGACGAGUCCGGUGCACAAGAUGCUGAUCAGCCUCAAUAAACUCAAAAUGGCCGAACUGACUCACUUGAUAGCGGACUACAAGAACGCGCUGCUCCGCAACCCGGCCACGUGCACGCCCCAGCUGUCCCUCUCCCGCCACGGCAGCCACCGCUCCGUGCGCAAACACCCCUCCACCCUCCCGCACUCCAACCCCUCCACGCUCCCGCACGCGCACGCGCACCACACGCUCAACUCGCACGCCACCACCAUGACGCUGGGCUCCGAGCGCAACGCCACGCUCACGCUCAGCUCCCACGCCUCCACCUUCAACCCGCACGCGGACGCCCGGGUGCUGUCCCACGGACAGCCCGACAUACUCAAGUCGACGCCCGACCACCACAGAAGCGAGAAGAAGAGGAGCCACACACAAGACACCGGGGUCGCGUGAGCUCACGAUGCUCACGGUGCUCACGACUAACAUUACACAGCCGUUCUCGUGUCUAUCCAGAUCUAAAUAUCAUUUCUAUGAAAUUUGUUUUCAUAAAAAAAAUAAGUCAAAUGCAUUGUCGUCUGCUUUAGAAGUCAUUUGUCGGAAUCUAGUGCAGCAAACAUAAUGAUAUCAUUCCAUCAGAAAUACAACUAAGACAAUCGAAAUUAAAAACGAAGUUAGUUUAUCGAUUACCUCAUAUUUUUUUAGCUUCAAAUAAUCGAGAUUAUAUCUGAAUUUACUCUAAUAGAUAAUUAUUAUUAUAAUUUUAUAAUAACGUUUAUUUCGAUUUAUUAUUUAAUUUUAUUGUAAGUUAGUUUUAAGUUAAAUAAGUAAACUAGUUUAAACCAGGGACAAUGGACUAUCUGGAACAAUAAUUAAUUAUAAACCUUUUUUUUUCAAAAUUAUAAUAAAUAUUUUUAUUUUCUUUUGUUUUACCGUAAGCUAGGUAAUUAAUUUACUUUGAUAAUUCUUAUAUUUAUAUCACCUAACUGUUCAUUUCUUAAUAAAAAUAAUAAUAUUUUUUAAAUAAAUAAACAUCAUUAAUGACAAACGUAAAUACUCACGAUUAUCUCUCUCGAUAUUCAUAAUUAACUAAUUAAAUGAUAAAAUUGAUUUAUUGUAAGUGACAAACAUUAAAUUAGUGAAACAAAAUUAAUUAAAACGAGUUAUCUCAAUUAAUUCGUAAGAUCUGCAAUGAGAUCUUUGUAUAAAAUCGAUGGACUGAUUCAUAAAUAUAAGAUCAUCAACGAAUAUGACAAAUUUCUAAAUAAGUGUUUAGGAUAUAAGUUUGAUCUGAUUCUUUUUACAAUGCACGACCUAAUAAUGAAAACUCGUAGAUAUAUUCGUCUUCUUCGCUCCUUUGUAGUAAAUUUGUAAGAGCGACAGAGACGAAUAUAUCGACACUAUCGACUGUUUAGGUAAUGCCAAGAAAUGUUCUAAAAUAACAUUAGAUAACGUUUUAGAGGUGAUAUCGUGUUUCUAAUACAUGUUGCGUUUUAUACGCUUUAGAAUUUAGAUGCGCCGAACCGGAGCGGUAAUGUACGCGUCACUGUAGCGAGCGCAUUCGAGAAAAGUGAUUAAAAUAUUCAAUAGAAUUAAAAAUUUGUAUGAAAUCUCAUGUGUACUUUUUGGGAAUCGAAAUAAGAUUGAAAUUUCAUUACGUUUGGAUAUUCCAAUGUCAGACCGUAGACGUUUUGAAUCGAACCACAAUAAAUGUAAAUAGAAAAUAUUUUUUGUAUAUUUUUGCCUUAAUUAUUUCGGGGUUUCCGUGGUGAAUUAACAACUAUCCUAAUAGAAAUAGUAUGGAUUCUUAAUUCUGCGCAAUUUAUAUUUAAUUUUUGUAGAUAGUCUUUAUGAGGAAUAUGAAAUUAUUUCUAGUCUUAGUAUCAUCACGGAACCUCCUGCAAACAAGAGUAUUUUUUUGGUCAUCCAAUUUAACUAUCAUAAUAAUAAUAAUGGAUGAUUAAAUUUUCUACCAUUUUCUAAAUAUAACAAAGAUAAUGUUACCAACUUCACUAGUUUUUUUUUUCUAUGUUUACAUACAAUGAAGAAGGAUUUCUUUAUUACUACAUAUAUUUAUUACGCACAAUAUCUUUUCAUAUUUGUUACACAGAAUUACAAUUCGAGAGUAAUAAGAACGAAUGAUAUUGUAAAAGUUUGUGUCAAAUUCAAAGACGCUGUCAAUAUAUUUAUUUUAAUUCUACAUACAGAAAUAAAGUUUUGUAAGUAUUACAUCAAACGUAAUAGUAUAUUGAAGUAUAUUUUAGAAGUAAAUUUCCUUUGUUGUGUGUAAAUUAAUAGCCAAAUAAAUAAAAAUGGGAAAAGCUAAAUGCUAAAUGAAACGGCAACUAAAUAGUUGUAGGAAUAAGUUAGUUAUGUCAUAAUAAUUUAUUUAGAGGCAGGAAUAUCGAAAACGUAGACAGUUACAAUUUGAAUGUGUUAAUAAUGGACCCUCUAGUGUGGACUACACUUUUCAGCCACAAGAGCUUUUCCUUCUUCACACGAAAAGAGUCCUUAGCGGUCAUAAGCCACGGUAACCACGUCUUCACGUCACGUCAUCUAACAACGAAAUAGGCUGUUGAUAAAAAAUAAUAGACUUACAAACAAUAACAAAUUUUCUAUUUGACCAUAGACUAAAAAAAAAAAUUAUCUUCAAAUGUAACUGUCUAGUUUUGUAAUUUGACCAAUCCGCUUUCAAAGGCCAAUUGGUGCUGAGCGUGACCCACAAUUUUAGUUUUUAAACCAAUUGAAGGGACUUUUCGUUCAACUAAGGUUUCCAUCACAGAUAAUAAAUAAUAUACAUACUGAUUUUUGAUCAUAUAAAUACGAAAUUUAAAAAUAUGACAGUUAUGGUAUAAAAACUAAAGUUGGGUGUUGCCAUGUAGUGGAGCGUAGUCCGCUAUGUAGUAAAUAAAAUUAUAUUUGGAUCGCACUUUUUGCACAACACGUAACUGUUUAUAUAAUAUUACAUGUUAUAUGUAGGAUUGUGUAUAUUUUACAGGAAAUGAAAAAAAAAACUAAGAUUUCUUUAUUCAUUCAACUUUUAUCGUCUUUUGAUAAUAAGAGCAUCAUACUAUUUAUUUAUAUGAUUAGUUCCACUUUUAAUUUUUCAUUAAAAUUCUUUUUGGUUUUUAAGUUUAUCAACCUCGUGUUUUAGGCCUAAAGUGAACAUUUUGUAUAAGGCAAUUUACAACCAUUCUUUUGUUUGACGAUGCGGGAAUAAACGUAUUAAAGAA